AGCAGCAAUGACUCCGCCAUCACUUCCACCAACUUCUCCGAAUGAUGGUCUGUCUUCUCCAAUGGCCAACAUGAACUUACAGGCAAACAACAACAAACCCGGUCGAUCUAAGCGCGUUUAUGCAACCACGCAACCUACGGCUUCUUAUCAGCAACCUGUACAACAACAGCCAAAUAUUAAUCCAGCUUAUUCGUCACCACAACAACCACCACUACAGCAGCAGCAGCAACCACCACUACCUCAACAACCACAGCAGCAACAAUACCAACAGCCACAGCCUCAACCUGUGGCAAAUUAUCCUUAUGUUCAACAACAACAACAGCAACCAUCCAAACCAAAACCGAGAAUCGAUCCGAAUCAGAUCCCUUCACCGGUUCAAUUACGUUUAACAGAUGAACAGACAUACCAACAAGAGUAUUACGGUACCAUGUCUCAAUCACAGUUGCCUUUACCAACAACAAAUUUCCGAACAAUCGAUCAGGGCAAUUGUAAUCCACGGUUUAUGCGAAGUACUGUCAAGGAGAUGCCAAAGACGUCAGACCUGAUCCGAGAUUCGCACCUUCCAUUUGGACUGACUGUGCAACCACUCGUUGACUUACAUCCAGACGAUGAAUCGAUACACGUGGCAGCAACCACGAAUGCGGAUGGACCUGUGAGAUGCACGAGGUGUAAAGGUUACAUUAACCCUGCAUGUCAGUUUACGGAUGGUGGACGAAAAUUUAUUUGUAACUUAUGUGAAUUCACCAAUGAUGUGCCCGAGGAUUAUUUCUCUCAUUUGGACAUGUCAGGCCAACGGAUAGAUUUGGAUCAGCGGCCGGAACUGCAGCGCGGUACGGUAGAAUUUGAAGUACCACAGAUCUAUUGGACGCGUAACCCGGUGCCCCUGCGUGUCUUAUUUGCUGUGGAUGUCUCUUAUAGCGCAGUACAUACUGGCGUGCUUGCUGCAUUUUGUCAGGUGCUAGCCAAAAUCAUCUUUUCUGAAGCAGCCUUUCCUGAAGGAACUCAAAUGGGCAUCAUGACGUUUGAUACAGCGGUUCAUUUUUAUAACUUAUCGUCUACAUUGGAUCAAGCGCAGAUGAUGGUUGUACCUGACAUCAACGAUAUGUUUUUACCACUAUCGAGCGAGUCAUUGUUUGUUAACCCGACAGAAUCCAGGGAUGUGGUUGAAAACUUGCUUAGCAGCUUGCCUACCCUAUUCGCAGAAAAUCGAGCGCAGACUGCUGUUUUUGGAUCUGCGAUAAAAGGAGGUUUGAUGGGACUGCAAAACACGGGUGGCAAGAUCCAUGUGUUACAAUCAAUAUUACCAACUAUAGGUCCUGGCGCAUUGAAGAUGCGUGAUGACCCCAAAUUACAUGGAACAGAUAAGGAACGACAGCUACUAUCUCCACAAGAUGCACUGUAUACUGCGAUGGGUAAAGAGUGUGUCAACGAAGGAGUAUGUGUGGAUUUAUGGGCGUUCCCAACGAAUGCCUAUGUCGAUGUGAGCACACUGGGUGUACUACCUGCAUUGACAGGAGGUGACACACACUAUUUUUGGAACUUUAACGUACAGCGCCACCUGCAAGCAUUCAGCAAUCAAUUGGAGCGUAGUUUGACGCGAGAACAAGGCUAUAAUGCUGCAUUGCGCAUCCGUUGCUCAAAUGGACUUACUGUGGAUGACCAAUUUGGCAACUUCUUUAUGAACAACAACACGGAUGUUGAAUUUGCGGGCAUUGAUGCUGACAAGGCUGUUGCUUUUACGUUUCGACAUGAUGGAAAGUUGGAAGAUGGAGAAGCGCACGUUCAGUGUGCAUUGCUCUACACGACCAGGCUGGGCCAACGACGUGUACGAAUUCAUAACCUUCGUCUCCAAGUGACAUCCAAUAUUAGUGUUUUGUUUAAACAAGCAGAUCUCGAUACCAGUAUGAACCUAUUAUCAAAGCAAGUAAUAUCUCAGGCAGCGAAAAAGCUACCACAAGAUCUAAUGGCCGAGUUAGACGGUGAAUGUGUUCGUAUUUUGGCAGCUUAUCGCAAGCACUGCGCAUCAUCAGCAUCGGCUGGACAGCUUAUUCUCCCUGAAUCCUUCAAAGCUCUUCCUGUUUAUACUCUCGGUUUAAAAAAGUGUGCUGCGCUUCGUAAAGAUGCCAACCUUAACAUUGACUUCCGAGUAUACACCAUGCGUAAACUUAAAUCAGUUGGCGUUACCGCUACUGUCCGAUGGCUAUAUCCACGCAUGAUUCCUGUUCAUACCUAUUUAUGGAAUGAGGAGAAUUCAAGUAUACCACAACAGAGAUUGUCCUGCGAUCGCCUCGAUUCUAAUGGCGUAUAUCUCGUUGAGGCACCCGAUAUCACUUAUUUAUGGAUAGGUCAAGAUGUUGCCAGUGCCAGCAGUGAGCUCUUACAAAAUCUAUUUGGUGUUUCAGAUCCUGGACAAGUUGACCCUGAAAUGCAGCAGGUGCCAACACUGGAUAAUCCAAUGUCUCGCAGAUUGCAUCAGCUCCUCGCUGGUCAUCCUAUGAAUCCAGUGAAAAUCGUGCGACAAGGAUUGGAUAAUGUAUAUGAAUUUGGAAGUAGCUUGGUGGAAGACGAUACAUUCAAUCAGAUGAGCUAUGUUGACUAUCUCUGUAUGAUACAUAAGCAAAUUCAAAACGAGAUCGAGAGGGAUAAGCAUGAUCAGCUAGUAUCAUCGGCGUCUUACUGGGCAUAUAGAUAUUAGCAGUAGUUUGUUUGAUGUAGGAAAAAAUACAAGUAAUAAUUUAAACUAUAUAGUGCCUCCGUCGCACUGUGUAACCGAGUUCAGGCACACACACACACACACCGACCGAUUGACGGGGUUUUGGAUAUUAUUGAGGAACCGUCUUUCCCGUCCUUUCUGUGUUUUUUUUUCUUUCUUAUACAGAGACAUAUUCGACAAACGUUCAACAAACUCAUGAGGCUUUGCGACAUGUUCGAUCAAAACAGUGCUUUCGGAGGUCAACAACAACAACCACAACAGCAACCUACUGUACGGUUUACCGAAAAUGGUGAGCGACAACAAUCGGAAAAUCAGCCCCUACUCCUUGUCUAUAGAAUUUGAAAUAUUUUUUAAAAAAAUAAUAUACUCAUAAUGGGUUCAUGAACCGCAGCAUCGAGUUAUUUAGGCGGAUC